AUGACUCACCUCAGAGGACACCACUUGAUCUACCUCCUGGUACUUCUGGCUCUUUGGAUUGGAGAUGGCUCCCAGGCACAAAGGGCAGGGUGCAAAAACGUUCACUAUGAUCUAGUCUUUAUCUUGGAUACUUCCUCCAGUGUGGGCAAAGAUGACUUUGAGAAAGUUCGACAGUGGGUGGCCAACCUGGUAGAGACCUUUGAAAUUGGACCAGACAGGACUCGGGUAGGUGUGGUUCGCUACAGUGAUCGGACCACCACUGAAUUUGAUCUUGGGAAGUAUUGGACUCGAGAAGAAGUCAAAGCAGCUGCCCGGAACAUUAAUUAUCAUGGAGGCAAUACCAAUACUGGUGAUGCCCUCCGCUAUAUAACCACAUACAGCUUUUCCAAAGAGGCUGGUGGGAGGCCAAGCGACAGAGUCAUCAAGAAGGUCGCUAUCCUCUUGACAGAUGGGAGAAGUCAAGAUAUUGUUCUGGAUGCUGCCAGAGCAGCCCACAAAGCUGGGAUCAGGGUCUUUGCUGUUGGUGUUGGAGAAGCCUUGAAGGAAGAGCUUGAUGAAAUUGCUUCUGAGCCUAAGUCAGCCCAUGUGUUCCAUGUCUCAGAUUUCAAUGCCAUUGACAAGAUCCGGGGGAAGUUGAGGCGCCGUCUUUGUGAAAAUGUGUUGUGUCCCAGUGUGCGUGUGGAAGGAGAUCGUUUUAAGCACACCAAUGGAGGAACCAAUGAAAUCACAGGUUUUGACCUGAUGGAUUUAUUCAGUGUGAAGGACAUCUCGGGGAAGAAAGAAGGUGGUGCUCAGAGUUCCUAUGUUCGAAUGGGAUCCUUCCCGGUGGUGCAAAGGACUGAGGAUGUAUUUCCACAAGGUUUACCUGAUGAAUAUGCCUUUGUCACUACCUUCCGGUUCAGGAAAACUUCACGAAGAGAAGAUUGGUAUAUCUGGCAAGUCAUUGACAAAUAUGGAAUUCCACAGGUUUCCAUCCGGCUAGAUGGAGAGAACAAAGCUGUAGAGUAUAAUGCUGUGGGGGUGAUGAAGGAUGCUGUCCGGGUGGUCUUCCGGGGUGUGCCAGUCAGUGACUUGUUUGACCGAAACUGGCACAAGAUCGCUCUCAGUAUUCAGGCCAAGAAUGUGUCCCUCUACAUUGACUGCAAGCUCGUCCAGACACUGCCCAUUGAAGAGAGAGAAAACAUCGACAUCCAGGGAAAGACAGUGAUUGGGAAGCGCCUCUAUGACAGUGUGCCCAUUGAUUUUGAUCUGCAGCGAAUAGUGAUUUAUUGUGACUCUCGGCAUGCUGAGUUAGAAACUUGCUGUGACAUCCCUUCAGGACCGUGCCAGGUGACUGUUAUCACAGAAGCCCCUCUACUGGAGCCCCCACCCACCAUUGGCAGUGAGCAGAUUGGCUUCCUGAAGACUAUCAAUUGUUCCUGCCCUGCUGGGGAAAAGGGCGAAAGGGGCAUUGAAGGACCCCGAGGUCUCAAGGGAGAAAUUGGAGUUCCAGGACAGAGUGGACUCCCUGGGCCCAAAGGAGAGAAAGGUGAUUCGGGCCAGGGAACAUUUUUCAAAGGAGAAAAAGGUGAAAAGGGCUCCAUAGGUUUAUCUGGUCCCCCAGGCAGAGAAGGAGCCAAAGGCAUCCGGGGGGAACCAGGGGAGAUAGGGGAACCUGGAUUACCUGGUGAGGUGGGUCUGAAGGGACCAAUAGGACCUCCAGGACAACCAGGGCUUCCUGGACAGAUUGGGAUUCCAGGUCUCCAAGGAGAGAGAGGAGAAAGAGGGCCUCGAGGAGAUAAGGGAGAACGAGGUCUGGAUGGAUUCCCUGGAAAGCCUGGAGAAGAAGGGAAGAAGGGCAGUCCUGGUGCUCCAGGUGUGGCUGGUAUCCAAGGAGAAAAGGGUGAAGUUGGACCACCUGGGCCACCUGGUAUACCAGGCUCUGUGGUGCAGAAGGAGGGCUUGAAAGGAGAACAAGGAGCUCCAGGACCUCGUGGUCAUCAGGGCCUACCUGGUCCUCCAGGAUCACCAGGUCCAAUGGGUCCUGAAGGUAAAGAGGGACUCCCUGGUUCUCAAGGACAGCGGGGAAAGAAAGGUGAAGCUGGCCUACCUGGAGUCAAAGGUUUACCAGGACCUCCUGGUUCUCAAGGAUCUCCUGGUGUCCCAGGACCACCUGGGCCAACUGGACCCCCAGGUCUUCCUGGAGAGAUUGGCUUCUCUGGAAAACCUGGCCAGCCUGGCCAACCUGGCUCCCCAGGGAAAGAUGGGACAAGUGGACUUCCUGGGCUUCAAGGACCCAAGGGAGAGCCAGGAGAGCGAGGAGAAGGCGGCUUGCCCGGGAAUCCUGGACCGAGGGGUGAAGCUGGGGAGCAAGGUCUAGUGGGCAUACCUGGUGAGAAGGGAGAAAUAGGACUUCCAGGAUCUCCAGGACUCCAAGGUCUAAGAGGAGAGAAAGGAGAUGAGGGUAAAAAAGGUGCCCUGGGACUCCCUGGACUGAAAGGUGACAGAGGAGAAAAGGGCGAAGCUGGUCCUGCUGGCCCUCCUGGUCCCCCUGGCUUCCCUGGAACAACAUCUUUGUUUACUCCACAUCCCCACAUCCCGGGAGAAGCUGGGCAGAAGGGAGAGAAAGGAGAUCCAGGCAUCAGUGGGGAACCUGGACCACGUGGUUUUCAAGGUGAAGUGGGACCAAGAGGACCUCCAGGACCCCCGGGUGCUCAAGGCCCAGAAGGAGCCCGAGGGGGACCUGGAGCGGCUGGAAACACUGGUGUUCCUGGACCAAUAGGCCCCCCUGGUUCCCGUGGUCUCCCCGGAAAUGUGGGCAUACCUGGAGUCAUGGGCCCACCAGGGAAAAUUGGAGAGAGAGGAGAAAAGGGAGAACCUGGUGAAGAAGGAAAGACAGGACCCCUUGGUCCAAGAGGUGACCCCGGCCCUCCUGGAGAACCUGGGCCACCUGGCAAAGGGAAGGAAGGCGAGCCAGGUCGUCCUGGUGCACCUGGGUUACCGGGACCUCAGGGACACAAGGGGGACCGAGGUGCUCCAGGUUUGCCUGGCCAACCUGGAAAUAGAGGAGGCCCAGGAAUUGGCGUGGCAGGCCCUCCGGGCUCCACUGGACCACCAGGAGAAAAAGGACCACCAGGAUCUCGUGGGUUACCAGGAUUCCCAGGUCCACAAGGUCCAGCUGGACAAGAUGGUCUACCUGGAAAUCCAGGAGAAAGAGGACCCCAAGGAAAACCAGGUCCUUCUCCUCUUCUGUCUCCAGAGGAUCUAAACCUCUUAGUGAAGGAUGUGUGCAAUGAUUGUCCUCCUGGUCCUCCAGGACUUCCUGGACUUCCAGGUUUGAAGGGUGAUAAGGGCUUACAAGGAAAACCAGGAAGAGAUGGUGCAGAUGGGAAAAAGGGAGAUGCUGGGCUCAAAGGCCUCCCAGGUCCUCCUGGAAUAAUUGGACCAAAGGGGACAGUUGGUGCCUCAGGACCUGCCGGCCCACCAGGAAGCCCAGGAGUGACAGGUAAAGAUGGUCCUCCUGGUCCCCAAGGCCCACCUGGAUUACCUGGAAUUCCUGGUGAAGAAGGGAAGGAAGGCAAAGAUGGAAAGCAAGGACCCCCUGGAGAACCAGGUCCUUCAGGAGAACCAGGCCUUCCAGGACAAGAUGGUGCCAGGGGACUGCCUGGAUUCAAGGGACACACAGGAGACUCUGGUCCGCCUGGUCCUAGGGGAGAGGCAGGAGCACCAGGCCCUGCAGGGAGGGAAGGGUCACCAGGGAAAGAUGGUGACACUGGGCCCACAGGACCACCAGGUCCUCGGGGACUUAGAGGAGUGCCGGGUAAAAACGGAUCACCUGGCUCUCCUGGAGACCCUGGCCAACCAGGUAACCCAGGGCAGAAAGGAAACAAAGGAGAAAAUGGCAGCCCAGGACUUCCAGGAUUCCAGGGACCUCGGGGACCUCCAGGAGAACAAGGAGAAAAAGGAAUUCCUGGAAAAGAGGGUGCCCCAGGGAAACCAGGAGUACAAGGCACAAAAGGAGAAAGGGGAGAUCCAGGAGUCAAAGGGGACAAGGGGACCCAAGGACAGAAGGGCCAGCCUGGCGAACCAGGAUUACCAGGUCAUAAAGGCCACACGGGAUUGAUGGGCCCUCAUGGACCUCCAGGAGAAAGUGGACCUGCUGGGCCUCCAGGACCUCCAGGACAGCCAGGAUUUCCUGGAGCAAGGGGAGAUUCACCGUCAGUGGACACUCUUCGAAGGCUUAUCCAAGAAGAAUUAGGGAAGCAACUUGAAACCAAACUAGCCUACCUCCUGGCCCAGAUGCCACCAGCACACGUCAGAGCAACUCAGGGCCGGCCAGGGCCCCCUGGACCUCCUGGCAAAGAUGGCCUUCCUGGCCGAGUGGGUCCCAUGGGGGAGCCAGGCCGGCCUGGACAAGUGGGCUUAGAAGGACCAUCGGGUCCCAUGGGGCCCAAAGGUGAACGAGGUCCAAAGGGUGAUCAAGGAGUGCCUGGAGUUGGCCAACGAGGAGAAAUAGGACCUCCUGGAAUACCAGGUCAGCCUGGGGAGCCUGGCUAUGGGAAAGAUGGCAUUCCUGGGAAUCCUGGUCCUCAGGGAGAAGCAGGACAAGCUGGCCUCCCUGGCCCUCCAGGGCCCCCUGGCCCCAGUGGACAGUGUGACCCCUCUCAGUGUGCUUACUUUGCGAGUCUCGCAGCCCGGCCUGGUAAUGUGAAGGGACCCUAGAGGGUACCUAGAAGGCCAAGGAGACUUGGGAAGGAUUUUCUGAAACUUGAACUUUGAACUAAAAAGGAAAACCAGCAGGCCCCCUGGGCCAUGAUGUCACUUUCUAUUUGUCAUGUGAGGUUUUCUAAAUGAUUAAAACCAACAGAUG